AAGUUGAUGUAUAGAAAUAUAGACUCAAACAUUUCUUCUCAUUUCUCUCACUCUCUUUCCCCUCUCAACGUUUUCUUCCAAUUUCCAUUUCCUUUUGAAAUAUUUACAUAAAAUAUUUCAUCACAAUUUUUGCUUACUCUUCAAUUUAGCAUAAUAUGUUUUGCAUUGGACUUCAAUUUUUGUCAUAGUUGCUUUCAAACUUGCACCAAGAGAGAGAAAAACAGCACCAAAUAUCAAUCUUCUCUUGUUAUUCAACAUGUUGAUUUGAGUAUCAUUCAAUAGAAAGCAACUAUUAGGUUUUUUGCUUGCAAUGAUAUGGCGUUCUUUCCAGCAAAUUUCAUGCUACAAACUUCUCAUCAAGAUGAACAUCAUCAACCUCCACCAUCACUCAACUCAAUUAUAACCUCAUGUGCACCUCAAGAUUACCAUGGAGGAGGAGUGUCCUUUUUAGGAAAGAGAUCUAUGUCAUUUUCAGGGAUAGAGCUUGGAGAAGAAGCGAAUGUCGAGGAAGAAUUAUCCGAUGAUGGAUCACAGUUAGGGGAGAAGAAGAGAAGGCUUAACAUGGAACAAGUGAAGACACUUGAGAAGAGUUUUGAGUUAGGAAACAAGCUUGAACCUGAGAGGAAAAUGCAGCUAGCAAGAGCUCUUGGAUUGCAGCCAAGACAAAUUGCUAUAUGGUUUCAAAACAGAAGGGCUAGGUGGAAGACAAAACAGUUAGAGAAAGACUAUGAUGUUCUCAAAAGACAAUAUGAUACUAUUAAGGCUGAUAAUGAUGCACUUCAAGCUCAGAAUCAAAAACUUCAGACUGAGAUAUUGGCACUGAAAAAUAGAGAACCAACUGAAUCAAUCAACCUUAAUAAAGAAACUGAGGGAUCAAGUAGCAACAGAAGUGAAAACAGUUCAGAUAUCAAGUUGGAUAUUUCAACAAGAACUCAAGCUAUUGAUAGUCCUUUAUCCACUCAGCAAACAAGCAUAAACCUAUUUCCAUCUUCUUCAAGACCAGCAGGAGUUCCUCAUCAGCUCUUUCAAACAAAUUCAAGACAAGACAUUCAGUGUCAAAAGAUUGAUCACAUGGUUAAAGAAGAAAGCUUGAGUAACAUGUUUUGUGCCAUGGAUGAUCAAUCUGGACUAUGGCCAUGGUUGGAGCAACAACACUUCAAUUAAUUCAUCAAAUAAAGGGAAGGAGAAAUAGUUUUCAGAUUGGAGUUUUCUUUUAUGAAAUCAAAAGUGCAUGUUUGGAUAAGAUCGAGUUUAAUAGAAUUACAGUGUCACAGUAAUUUUUACUAUUAAAAAAAAGUACUUUGAAAUUUCAACAAACUGACGAUGUUACUGUGAUUUCAUCAAACUCAGUGUGAUUCCGAACAUUCACCGUCAAUUGCUAAAGUUGAAAAACCUUGUUUUGGUAAACUUGAUGUAUAGAAUAGGAUUUAUAUCAAGCAUAAUUUUUCUGGUUGAGGUUGAUAAUUUUUCUAUAAAAUAAUAAAAGGGUUCUUUCUUUUUUU